AUGCGAAACCUGGUUAUCACAGAGGUUGUGACAAGAUCAUACAACACCGCCAACCUGCUUGAGGACCUGAAGGUGCUGUACCGGACGUGUGGGAUCCAGGGCAAGGGCACAACGUUCAUCUUCACGGACCAGGAGGUGAAGGAGGAGGCCUUCCUGGAGUACCUCAACAACGUCCUGUCCUCGGGUAUGGUCAGCAAUCUGUUUAACCGUGACGAGCAGGGUGAGAUUGUGAGUGAGCUGAUUCCCGUCAUGAAGCGAGAACACCCGCGCCGCCCACCCACGCCGGAGAACGUGAUGGACUUCUUCCUGACACGCACCCGACAGAACCUCCACGUCGUCCUCUGCUUCUCCCCUGUUGGUGAGAAGUUUCGUACCCGAGCCAUGAAGUUCCCGGGCCUGAUCAGCGGCUGCACAAUAGACUGGUUCCAGCCAUGGCCCAAAGAGGCGCUGGUGGCCGUAGCUCAACACUUCCUGGAGAGUUACGAGAUCAUCAGCACCUCCGAGGUGAAGACUGGCCUGGUGAAGGGCAUGGGAACUAUCCACGACCAUGUGGCUCAACUCUGCAAUGACUAUUUUCAGAGGUACCGGCGGGCAGCUCAUGUCACCCCCAAGUCCUUCCUCUCCUUCAUCAGCAUCUACAAGAAAAUAUAUAACGAGAAGCGUGAGGAGAUAGGCGAGUCUGCUACCAGGAUGACGUCUGGCCUGGACAAGCUGCAGGAGGCGUCUGUGGCUGUGGAGCGUCUCAGGGAGGAACUUAAAGUCAUGGAGGCAGAGCUGGCAGUGGCCUCGGAGAAAGCACAGAAGAUCCUUGAGGUAGUGACCCGACGAGCUGAAGAGGCAGAGACCAUCAAGGAGGAGGUGGAGAAGGUGCGAGACAAGGCUCAGGCGCUCGUCAACGACAUCGCCAAAGACAAGUCCCUGGCCGAGGAGAAACUGGAGGCAGCUCGGCCCGCCCUGGAGGAGGCUGAGGCUGCGCUGAACACCAUCAAGCCAGCACAUAUAGCCACCAUCCGUAAGCUGGGCCGGCCUCCACACCUCAUCAUGCGCAUCAUGGACUGUGUGUUGCUGCUGUUCCAACGCCACGUGCAGCCUGUCAAGCCCGACCCCAUCGUCCCGUGCCCCAAGCCCUCCUGGUCUGACAGCCUCAAGAUGAUGGCCAGCACAACCUUCCUCCUGUCGCUGCAAAACUUCCCGAAGGACUCCAUUAAUGACGAGGUGACGGAGCUGCUGGAGCCGUACUUUGACAUGGAGGACUACGACAUGGACACGGCCAAGCGGGUGUGUGGCGACGUGGCCGGCCUCCUCUCCUGGACACGGGCCAUGGCAGUCUUCUUCGGCGUGAACAAGGAGGUGCUGCCGCUCAAGUCCAACUUAGCACUGCAGGAGGCUCGUCUACGCCUGGCCAUGGGUGACCUGGAGCGUGCCCAGGCAGUGCUGGAUGACAAGCAGAGGGAGCUGGACGUGGUGCGAGGACAGUACCAAACAGCACUGGCGGAGAAGCAGAAGCUCAUUGAUGCCGCCAAUGUGUGUCGCAGGAAGAUGCAGGCGGCGGCGACACUCAUCAACGGACUGGCUGGGGAGAAGGUGCGCUGGACCAAGCAGAGCAAGUCCCUGAGGCAGCAGCUGGGAAGGUUGGUUGGCGACGUCCUGCUGACCACGGCCUUCCUGUCCUACGCGGGUCCCUUCAACCAGGAGUACCGCACCAAGAUGAUCAAGAUGUGGCGGUCCCUCUUCCACACACGCAGCAUUCCCUACACCACUGACUUGGACAUCACCUCCUGGCUCAUCGACAACGCCACGGUCUCAGAGUGGAACCUUCAAGGACUUCCCAAUGAUGAGCUCAGCAUCCAGAACGGCCUCAUCGUGAGCAAGGCGUCCUGCUACCCUCUCCUCAUCGACCCUCAAGGACAGGGCAAGAUUUGGAUCAAGAACAGAGAAGCAAUGAAUGAGCUACAGAUCACGUCGCUGAACCACAAGUACUUCCGCACCCACCUGGAGGACUCGCUCUCCCUGGGCCGGCCGCUGCUCAUUGAGGACGUGGAGGAGGAGCUGGAUCCCGUCCUGGACAACCUCCUGGACCGUAACUUCAUCAAAUCUGGCUCAAUCCUGAAGGUGGUGGUUGGCGACAAGGAGUGUGACAUCAUGCCGGGCUUCAUGCUGUACAUCACCACCAAGCUGCCCAACCCCGCCUACACCCCGGAGGUCUCGGCCAAGACUGCCAUCAUUGACUUCACUGUGACGGUGCACGGCCUCGAGGAUCAGCUGUUGGGUCGGGUCAUCAGGACGGAGAAGAGUGACCUCGAGAGUGAGCGUGUGGCACUCAUCGAGGAGGUAAUGGAGAACAAGCGGCGGAUGAAGGAGCUGGAGGACAACCUGCUCUUCCGUCUCACCUCAGUACAGGGCUCACUAGUGGAUGAUGAGGACCUGAUCAUGGUGCUGCAGGACACUAAAUCCACCGCGCAGGACGUGAGCACCAAGCUGCAUGUUGCCUCGGAGACGGAGCGCAAGAUCAACGGUGCUCGUGAAGAGUACCGCCCGGUAGCCACACGUGGCUCCAUCCUAUACUUCCUCAUCACCGACAUGGCUGUGGUCUCCUGCAUGUACCAGACCUCCCUCAGGCAGUUCCUCGUCCUCUUUGAUAUGUCUAUGAUCAAGUCCGACCGCAGCAACAACCCCAAGGUAAGGAUCGGAAACAUCAUCCGCUUCCUCACUGUCACUGUCUGGAGGAAUGCUUGUCGAGGCUUCUACGAGAGGCACAAGUUCCUCUUCACGCUCCUCCUGGCCAUGAAGAUUGACCUCCAGUGUGGCCACAUUUCGCAUGAGGAGUUUAUGAAGUUCAUCAAGGGUGGAGCCUCCCUGGACCUGAAGGCGGUGCAGCCCAAGCCGUUCCGCUGGGUGCUGGACAUCACGUGGCUGAACCUGGUGGAGCUGAGCAAGUUGCAGCAGUUCAACUCCCUGCUCGACCAGAUCACCGAAAACGAGAAGGACUGGCGGCUCUGGUUUGAGAAGGACAAGCCCGAGGAGGAGGAGCUGCCUUGUGGGUACUCUCGCUCCCUGGACAUGUUCCGUCAGCUGCUGCUCAUCCGCUCCUGGUGCCCUGAUCGUACCCUCUCCCAGGCCCGACGCUACAUUCGCAGUGCCUUGGGUGAGCAGUAUGCAGACAGCGUCAUUCUGGACCUGGAGUCAACCUGGGAAGAGUCGGACAACCGCACGCCACUCAUCUGCUUCCUCUCCCAAGGCUCGGACCCGUCAGUGCAGAUUGAAACCCUCGCCAAGGCCAAGGAGAUCGAGUUGAGGUGCCUCUCCAUGGGUCAGGGGCAGGAGUCUCAUGCCCGGCGCCUGCUGUCCGAGGCCAUGGCUGGCGGCAAGUGGCUGCUGCUUCAGAACUGCCACCUCAGUCUGGAGUUCUGCCAGGAGAUGCUCGACACGGUGACAGAGUCCAGCAACGUCCACAAGUGUUUCCGUCUCUGGCUCACCACGGAGGUGCAUCUGUCCUUCCCCAUCGGUCUGCUGCAGAUUUCUAUCAAGUUCACCAAUGAGCCUCCACAGGGCAUCCGUGCCAGUCUCAAGAGAACUUAUGCUGAUGUGUCUCAGGACCUCCUGGACUAUUCCAACGCCCAUCAGUGGCCACGGCUCCUCUACUCCACGGCCUUCCUGCACACGGUGGUGCUGGAGCGCAGGAAGUAUGGGGCGCUGGGCUGGAACGUUCCCUAUGAGUUCAAUCAGGCAGACUUCCAAGCGUCGGUGCAGUUCAUACAAAACCACCUUGAUGACAUGGAUCCAAAAAAAGGUGUAUCAUGGGUGACAAUCUGCUACAUGCUGGGUGAGAUACAGUACGGCGGGCGGGUGACGGAGGACUUUGACAAGCGCCUCCUCCUCACUUUCCUGCAUGUGUGGUUCAAUGAAAGGCUCCUCACCUCAGACUUCAGGUUCUAUCAGGGUUAUGCUCUCCCUAUGUGCAAGAACCAGGCUGAGUAUCUGGAGUUCAUCAACCAGUUACCAGUGACAGACUCCCCUGAAGUGUUUGGUUUACACCCUAACGCUGACAUCACGUACCAGAUCAACACAGCCAAGGGUAUUCUGGACACCAUCCUCAGCAUGCAGCCCAAGGAGGGGGGUCAGCGCGGCGGGGAGACUCGGGAGGUGGUCGUGUCCAAGCUGGCCAACGAUAUGCUCUCCAAGCUUCCCGCAGACUACAUUCAGCACGAGAUCAGAGAAGCACUGCAGAGGAUGGGCGCCAUACUGCCCAUGAACAUUUUCCUCAGGCAGGAGCUGGACCGCAUGCAAAAGGUGUUGAAGGUGGUGCGGAAGACCCUGCAGGACCUCCACCUGGCCAUCGAGGGGACCAUCAUCAUGAGCACCUCCCUCAAGGACAUGCUGGACGCAAUGUACGACGCCCGGGUCCCUGAGCGCUGGCGGAAGGUUUCGUGGGAGUCCAGCACGCUCGGGUUCUGGUUCACAGAGUUGAUGGAGCGAGACUCACAGUUCCGCCGCUGGUACUCCUACGGGCGGCCCAAGGCUUUCUGGAUUACCGGCUUCUUCAACCCUCAAGGCUUCCUGACGGCCAUGAGACAGGAAGUGACCCGCCAGCACAAGGGUUGGUCGCUGGACUGUGUGAUCCUGCAGAACCUGGUGACGCGCUUCAACAAGGAGGACAUUCACGACCCGCCUCCAGAGGGAGUCUACAUCUACGGCCUCUUCCUGGAAGGUGCCUCGUGGGAUCGCAAGCAGGGACGCCUCAUGGAAUCAAGGGCCAAGAUUCUGUACGAACCCAUGCCAAUCAUCUACCUGUAUGCGGUGAAUACAACCAGCGGGAAGGACCCAACGCUGUACGAGUGUCCCAUAUACAGGAAGCCACUGAGGACCGACGCCACGUACAUCGGCUCAAUAGACUUGGAGACCACCGAGUACCUCCCCUCCCACUGGACGCUGCGGGGAGUGGCUCUGCUGUGUGACAUCAAGUGAGGCUGCGGCUGUGUCUGCAUUAGGAGAGGGAGAGGAAUGAUAUACUCUUUACUCUUAGUGCUUGCGAGGUGAGAUGAUGCGUAGGGCAUGUAGUCUGUGUAGGUUGUGUUGUCUGUUGUUCGUGUUGUCAUUAGUAAGAUAAGUAUAGUUUGGGUAAUAAGUAGACAGGUGUUUCUCUAGAGCUGGGUUCAAGAGGGGCUACUGAGGGUAUAGCCAUGAACUCCCCCCAUCUCCACCCCAAAAAAGAGGCUCUCACAGGACAGGAUGGAUACUAACCUUUUGCCUCACAUCAUUGACACUUGGGACAUCAGUAGCCUCCACAAAAUACUUGACCCCAAGGCCCCUAACACACUCAACCCAGCUCUGUAUCUAUGUUAAGGUGUAUGGAGAAAGAUGUAUUUUGUUAUAGAGGCAAUAGCAUAUAAAAUAAAUAAUGCUAAGGUGUUAUCUAAGAAGUCUACAUAGGUGAUAAACUACAUUACUCAUUCCUAGUCAUUAGAUUUCUUUGUAGUAGACUUCAAGAACAGGUUGCAUAAAGAAAGUGUUGUCCACAGUAUUAUCUAAAGCCGUAAGUCCACCCAAAUCCAGGUGAUAGCCUGGUAAGGCACUACUUUGAAAGGUGCUAAUGUCCAGGUGAAGAGAGACCUAGACACACUUAGAGCUCGUGUUGCCGUCCAUAUUAAUAACUUGUUAGUAAGCACAACUCCACGAGGAAGAUAUCACUCAAUAGUAAGCACAAUGCCAUGAGGAAGGUAGUCAUAUUUCUGUCAUGUAAGUAACAGAGAGCCGAGUUUCUUCUGCAAUGAACUCUUUAGGUUAUUUGGUAUCUAUCCAAACAGUCUGAAAAUGCCACAAGAUGCAACAGUAUUAACCCCUUGACUGCGGAUUUCCUACAAGAAGACAUCACCAAGCAACAGGAAUGGAACAAAAAGUGGCUGCUACAAUUCAGUGAAGAAAAAUGUAAAGUCCUGCACCUUGGGAGGGGAUAUCCAGCAUGCCAAUACCAAAUGGGAAACGCUCCACUAUCCACCACAGAGGCAGAGAGAGACCCGGGAGUGUAUGUUACCAGGCUACCAGUGAAAGCCAAAUCCGUGCCAAUCGCAGCGGACGGGUUAAUCAGUGGUUGUUGUGAAGGAAAACCCCAGUACUCUUGCCUUAAAAGAUAAAAAAAUAAAAAAAUAAACACAGAGGCUUUUUAUAUUGAUUGAUAAUUAUUGUUGCAGGUAAACAACAAAGAAGGGAGGAACAUGCCAUCCCAACCCCUAGGCAGUAUACAUAAUGUGAUUAUACAACUAGUAAUACAUGUGGAGGUACCACCAUGAAACUAAAAAGACACACUGGUAGGAGACGAGUGCUAAAAAAAACAAAGGCCUUGAUGAAGUCAAGGGAGCAGACAUAAGGGUCUGAACAUGUGAACUACAGUCCAGGUCCAAAUGCAGGAUACUCACUUAGCACAGCUGAAAGAACAUUAUUGUUAAUGAACCAGCCCACCAACUCAGACAGGCCCCAGUGGCCCUGUGGGCAGUAAGCACUAAUAGCAGGACAUUGCAGGACAUAGUGAUUGAGCGUGUGACCCCCUGGCCUGGCACACAAGCGGCAAGGUACAGGGCAGCCCCACUGACCUCCCAGUAAUAUCUGUAGCCCAGCCUCAGCCACAUCACCACCAUAUCAGAGGAUGCACUAAGCCUACCUUAAGUGUGGGUGCAGAAACAUGAUACCUGGGCAUAGUGAAUGCUGGAGGACUACCAUCCUGACACCUCAAGGCAAGUUGAUUGGUAACAGACUCACUAACAAGGGAUUUAAGUCUACUCUUAACAUAAUUAUAGGUGUACGCAACACCUGGGUGCACAGUGAGAUCAUCAGAGGCAGCACGAGCAAGUCUGUCUGCCUUUUCAUUGUGGGGCAACCCAACAUGUGAGGGCACCCAGAUGAAGUGUGCACAGCGCUCCAGCAGGCUAAGGGUACUACGGCACUUAUUGACUGCGUAUAUCACAGUCAGAGGGGGAGGAAGACAGCAGUGCAUACAAGGCACAUUGACUAUCAACAAACAGAUACACAGAUUUCCUGAGCACUAUAGUGAUAUGGAGGGCUUCAAAUAUGGCAUAGAGUUCCGCCCUUGUGGAAGACAUGAUCAGGAAGCCUCUUGGAAACCUCAGUGUCAGUAUACUCAGAGGGGGUGGUAAAGUCUCUAAUAAAUAAUCCACAUCCAGUCUUGCUGCCAUUGACAGAUCCAUCACAAAACACAUGGACAACCUGGGUAUGGGGAUAUGCAGACAAUUUGGUCAGAAAAUGGUCCAGCAGAACUUGAGGAAGCCAAAAGUCUUUAGGUUUAUCCAAUUUUUCUAUAUCAACACUGACUAUGAGGGUUCCAAGAGAUAACAAGGGCUGCUAAUGAGGGCAAGACACGGUUCAAGGACACCACGGUCAGAUAAGAGCUUGUGAAGCUUUCUAAGGUAUGAUUUGGCCGGAAUGUUAGGGGUGGGCUGAAAGUUACCAAGAGCCUGCCUAAGCUGAGUGUCCCCGUGACAAAUCAUGUGACAGACUGUGCGGCAAGUAAUUUCCUGGAUUCUGCAGACAACACUGGGCAGUUCCAACUCAGCUCAGAGGAGUUCAAGCUUUGCUGUCCUGGGACAACCCAGAAUGAUUCGCAUUGCCUCAUUUUGUAUUAGCUCCAAGGGCUUCACCUGGGAAGGGCUACAAUGCACCAGAACUGGUGCAGCAUAAUCAAUCAGUGACCUGAUGACAGAUAUAGAACAUCCUGAGAAUGGGAAUUCCUGCUCCAAGACCCCUAUUUGCUAAUACAUGUAAUGGGGCAAGGCGAGGAAGACAGACAUUACAGACAUAUUCAACGCAAUUGGUAUACUUUUUAAAACUAAGUUGCACUCCUAAAUACUUAUAACAUUGUACUCGGCCUAAUGCGACAGUGUUGAUGCUCGGUGAACGACAUACUUUGAGACUCGUCUGAUAUUUAGUUUUUGAGGCCUUGACAACUAGACCCAUAUGUAUACAAAGGUCCUCAAGGUGCUGCAGGGCUGUGGUCAGGCUUCCAGGGUAAUCACACUGAAUGAGGAUGUCGUCAGCAUAAAUGACAAUUUCAGUGCCCCGAGGAAAGGAGUGCUGGGCAAUCUUAUCCAUAAGGAUAUUGAAUAACAUGGGGCUGAGGACUCCACCUUGAGGGGUGCCUAGGUCAAAGGACUCUUCAGUUGAUACUGCACCCUGAGACCAUACCCUAGCCUGUCUGUCGUACAAAUACUCCCUAAUCCACCCUAAAAGUUUCCCUUUCUCACCUUUCAUGAUGAGUUCCUCCAUGAUAACAUCUUUGUUGGCCAAAUCAAAAGCACCCUUGAGGUCUAUAAAAGCUCUGCAGGUGACAGUGUCAAUACUCAAACAUUUGACAAAACAAUCGGCAGUGGAGCGACCCUUCAUAAACCCAUGGAAAUUAGGGAACAUUGUCACCCACCUUAUAAAUGAAAUGUUGUAGGAUGACCCUUUCCAUUAGCUUACACAAACAACUGGUGAGAGAAAUGGGACGAAAAGUGCUGUCACUCUUAGGUAUGGGAACAAUGAGAGCAGAUUUCCAUGGAGGCAAGACACUAGAAUAGGACAUGUUAAAUAGAUCAAGAAUGGGGCUAUCAGGCAGGGCAAGGUGGGGAUAAAGGCCAUCCUGACCAGGGGCCAUCGACUUGCCAGGCCUAAUAGCGCGAAGGAGCUCAUCCAGAGUAAUAGGAACACAAGUGUCAUCUACCAGGGCCACAUGAUGGUGUACAAGGGCCAUGCGCCGGGGCUGAUGGCAGGCAAGAGCAUCUCUAUGGGUGGCAGGCAGCCCAGCCACUGCAGAGGCACGUGUCCAUGUUUGCAAUAGUGUCUUGGCCCUCCCAGCAGGAUCAGGAUCCUGACGGUAUGGUUAGGUUUGCCCCUGACCCUGUUGACAUGGAGCCAAAUCCUCUGCUUACUCUAGUCACAGCUGUUACUCCUUUAAGUACAAUUAAUGAGUACAUAUUUAUUAGUAUAUAAGUCAUGUAUCAGUAUUGGGUAGGCUGCCAAGGCUAAUGCAUACUGCUCAUACUCAAGAAUAGCCCUUUAAAACCUAGCUUUACCUGUAUAUUAAUCUGAGUGCACUAAAUCAUAGACUAUAUUUUGGUACAAAGCUUGUAUAGAAUAUUGCUUAAAUGCAGCUUUGAAAUAAAUGG